CGUGAGAGCCGGACCUGAGAGCGGCGCUCCAAGCGCCGGCACACCGCGGCACGGAGGACGCCGCCGGACACCGCGCAGCUGAGGGGAAGGAAUUUAGGUGAUACAAUUUCACCGUAUGCCUGCAAUUGAACAUUAAAACGGCUCCGAAGAAAGAAACAAUUUCCUCAUCGAUGGAAGAUUCUCAGCGAUGCGUGGAACUGCUCUGGACUGCCAAGACAGAGCAGGCCUAUUUACAAGUGCUGGCGGAUGAAACCCACAAACAACUGAGAAUCAGGGAUGACGUCAUCAACACUCAGGAAGAUAAACUGCAACAGAAACAUUCCACUCCGUGGGCGGCGCCCGACGAGCUGCCCGAGCUGUGUCACCAGCUGGUGCCGGCCCACGAUUUCAUCAGCGCCGCGGUCACCCGUGUGAUCGCCCGGUGUCUGACCUUGCGGAUGGCCGACUUGACCUCCGCCAAGGCCGUCGCCGCCGCCGCCGACGACGACGACAAAGGCACAGACAGCGGCGGAGUGUCGGCCGAUACUGCGCCGCCGCGGUCCGGUCCAACGGCGCAGACGCCGGGCGGCCACGGCUGUUACUCGGUGACGGCAGAGGGUCCGACAGUGUCAGCCGGUCUGAUGACGACCGAGGGGCGCCCGACACGUGACGGUGAGUCGGCAGAGGCCCCGGGGAGCUCCCAAGACGCCGCGCUGGCAGCCACCGCCGGGGUGCAGACGGAGGACACAGCCGGGCCGCCGGUUCCGCCGCUGGUCUCUGUGGAGACUCAGACAGCAGCAGACACUCUGUCGGAGCAGCUGGCGCAGAUGGCGGAGGAGAGGGAGGAGCAGGCGCGGCUGGUACAUCACCAAACCGAGCUGCUGGCGCAGCUGCACAACCAGCUGGCGCGCUCAGCUGCCGAGAACGAGCGGCUGCAGCGACACCUGCAGCUGGUGAACGCGCUGUUCGAACAGCUGCAACGCAAGGAGGCCGAGAGCGCUGCCGAGGGCGCGCAGAGCCCGCCCCGGGACGACGCUGACGAGACGGACGGAGCGGAGGAGGACGGCAACGGCGGUGGCGGCGGAGCUGACCUGGUGGAGAGGGUGGACACGGCGCACGGCCGACGAAUGGUGAUCCACGUCAGUCGCACCUACCUGCGGCUGCGAGACCUCAUCCUGGAGAAGCGCUCGCUGCUCAGCGAGAUCGACAAGCUGCGCGGCUUCAACCAGCAGCUGGAGCGCCGGCUCACCAAACAGGAGCGCCGCCUGUCGAACGUCGCCGCCGAACUGCACAGCACCUGGGGGCUGGUCACCAAGCUGAAAAUCCAGCACGCUCAGCUGCACACGGCCGAGUCAGUGCUGCGCUACGAGCUGCGCGAGAAGCGCAAACUCAUGAGCCGGCUGCGGGGCGAGCUGGAGGGCUCUCGGCAGCGGUCUGUGCUCGCCAGCCAGCUGAACGCCGAGUCGGAGCUGGAGUGGCGUGCGCUGCGCAGGGAGCUGGACCAAAGGAAGAGGGAGAGGCUGGUGAGGCAGGCCCGGAUGGACAGUGCGGAGACGGGGACCGAGCCGGCGGCCGCUGGGGAGGACGGAGAGUGCCGGCCCGGAGCCGGGCCCAUGCUGGAGCGGAGUUCCACAGACGACAGUCAGCAGGACGGGGAGUCUACAGAGUCUUUGGCCGAGCAGGAGGCAGCCGGCCUGGACACCUCCGUGGCCGAGUCCGAGUCGACCGAGUCCGAGUCGGCCGGCCGCAGGACGCCCGAGCCACAGCCGACCGACUCGGUGGACUCGGCGGCGGGCGCGGCUGGGCCGGUCGAGACCAGCUCGGAGCGGCGGCGCCGGUUGGUCAGCCUCGAGGACCAGUGCCAGCAGCUCUACACGCGGCUGGUGUCGACCACGGCCCGCCAGGUGGCGCUCAGCUCGCGGCUGGCCGAGCUGCACGCCCAGCACGGCGCCAGCGAGGCCGAGACCACGCCCGAGACGUCGGUGGCCAGCAGCGAGGACACGGCCUACGCCAGCCUGGCCGACACGCCGCCCACUCCCACCGAGGCCGAGCAGCUGCCCGCCGACCGGCCGGCCGCCGCGCCGCCGCUGGCCGCCGUGGCCGCCGUCACCGCCGUCACCGCCGAGGCCAUGCCGCCGGUGACAGUGGCGGCGCAGCGCGUGGCGGUGCAGACGGACGCCGGUCCGCGCUCGCUGUCGCCGCUGCCGGCCUCGCAGCUGGCUACCGAGACGGCGCACCGGGCCGGCGGUGACCGGGCACUCGUCUCGGCCGUGGUGGCGCUGAGAGAGACGCCGCCGGACGCGGCAGGGAGGGCGGCGGCCGGCGCGGAGGAGGAGUCUGAUACAGAGGGGCCCGACAACUCGCUGGACGAGGAUGCCGACGAGCCGGAGGAGGCGCACGACCCGGAGGGUGGCGGGGCGGCGGCCUGUGAGGACGAGGUGUCCCGCUCCACCGCCGACCUACUGGAGAAGGUCGGCCAGUUUCUGAGCCGGACGCGCCGCGGCAGCGUGCCCGGCCGGUCGGCCCCGGCGCCGCCGCCGGCCGAACCGGCCUCGUCAGACUCGGAGACGGACGAGGCGGCCGAGGCGGACCGGCUCAGCGGCACCUCGGCCGGCUGCAAGCUGAUCAGCCUGCUGCCCAGCCGGAUGGUGCACCUCCGCAGGGAGCGCGAGCAGCUCACCGAGCACAUCGCCCGCCUGCAGGCGCAAAACGAGCGCAUCGAACAGAAGCUGGCGCGGAUGCGCACCGAGCGCCGGGAGCAGCGGCGCCGCGGCCGAGAGGACAGCACGGCGAAGGAGCAUCUGGAGAGGCGGGUCCAGCAGCUGGAGCGACAGCUCAGACUGCAGCUGGCUGAGAAAUACGCCGUGACCGCACCCCCGCCUACCGAGCCUGACCGGCAGCCGUCCAGCAGCAGCAGUUCCCAGCAGGAGGGUGGGAGUCUCACCGACGCGACAGAACUGAGGGAGCCCGGAGAGCUGCUCGACAACUUCCCGGCGCUCCAGCCUACCGACCAGCCUGAUGCUGGGUCCGUAGACCUGCACCGGGCGGACGGACUGCUGGAAAACUCAUCACAGCAGGGCCCAUCCACACUUCUCAGCAGCCCUACGGCAGAGAUACCCGGUCCCGGAGCCUCGUUUAUGCUUCUGCAGCCCGAUCUUCUGCCUGCACAUCACACGCCACUAGAACAGAGCGCUUCCAUAAUUCAUCAACCCGAAGCUACCGAGAUGGCUGCCGAUUCGGAGAGGCCGACGGAACGUCAGCAGGAGGCUGGGUCCCAGGUACAGGAGGAUGAAGCCACUCCUCAGACUCAGCCGAGUCCUUCUCAGGUCAACAUUACAUCCCAAAGUCAUUCCGAUAGGGAAGCUCAGGUAGUCGUGUGUGAAGAAACAGUUCUCCGCGAGUUACGAACUGAUACUGCCAGUCAGAGCUGUGACUCAACAGAGCCCCGCCGGGGACGAGAUGACGUCGCCACACAGACUGAUGACGUAGUUCAACCAGUCGCCAUCACCGCUUGUAUCAGUACGGUCACCGAGAGCAUCGUCACGUCACCGGUCACACUCGACUCUCAGACGACCACGGGAUCUGGGCCGCGUCUGCCGCCCGCUGGGGACUCGACCACCGAGACAGAGCCCGAGCCGCGUCUGCCGCCCGCUGGGAGCCCUGUCACCGAGACAGAGCCUGCGCCGGCCGCCGGGGACUCGACCACCGAGCCUGAGCCGGCCGCUGGGGACUCGACAGACCGUCAGUCGCCUGAGGGCCUCCCAGGACCCGCGGUGGGCGACGCUGACAGUCCCCCUAUGGCGGGCAGUGCUGGCCACCGACCGCCGAACCAGCCGCUGGCCCAGCUUCACAAACAGCUGGCAGACGCCAGGGGACAGCUGCGCUCCGUCCAGGACGACUGCCGCCGGGCCAGGCAUGCGCUACAGCAGAUGCGUGCACCCUCGGAGUACGGAGGUGCCGCUGAAGUGGCGAAUGCCUCUGGUCAGGAAGCAGCAGCAGUUUGCCAGAGCGGCUCGGCGGCCUCUACCGCUGUCAUCGCCCAGAAUAGCUGUCUGUGUUCCACACCGCGCGUCACCUACGGCGAGUUCAGACGACGUCUAAGUGAACGACUACACAACCGUCCUGCCGCAACGCGCACAAUUCGUCAGAAGUCUGGCUCUAUCUUCAAGCGGUCCGUCAAGUGCUACAUGUGCCAGAGCGCCCUGCGACCGCUGCUGGCUCGGCGAGUCACCUGCCGCGCCUGUGGCCAGCUCUUCUGCCGACGGUGCGCGUGCCUGGCCGUCCGCCUGCCCGCCACCGGGGAAAUGCGGUUUUGCGUUCACUGUUUCUACGACUUAUCGGCAAGCAUGGCUUCGCUACAUCCCGACACGACUAAUCACGAAACGUCCGGGACAACGGGCGGCGAGUCUGUCGAUAACGAGGGCGGCCGAGCCGGCGGCCAGCGCACCUGACGUUCGACAGACACCUUCGGACCCCGGGCCCGCUUCUUUUGAAUAAUUUCGAGCGUCAGUCACGAGACGCACGGCUGGCGGUAACUAUGUGCCGCUCUGCUAACUGCCGUGACAGCAGGCCGCUGUGACCCACCUACCGGUGGAUUGGUGUCCAGAUUGAUAGCCUACCAGCUCAUAUCGCUCCCAACUGCCAGCGCCACUGCCCCAACUCGUGGUGUUUCUCAGAGGAAACUGGCGAGUGGAGAUCAUCACAAACAGUUGAUACAAAGCCGCUAAAGCGAAACUGUAUGUAGAUACGCCGCGAGGUCCUCAAUGUUUGCUAGCAAAUUAGCCAAAGGGAACGGCUCCUUCAACAUGCAUGCAUAAGAGAUCAUUUAUGGAAUUACGAGACCAUCCUUUACUGGUAGAUCCGCCACGACAAAACAGCUGACCUUUAUGUAGGUACGGGGACCCGCAGUUGCUUCUGUACACGACCCCAACUCUAGCCGUCUGUCCUGUCCAGUAACAACCGAUAACAUUGAUAUCGACUGCUGGUCCCUGUACAAGAGCAGCUGAGGUUUCCUGUGAGUGCCCUCUGACAGUUUAUCGUUGUUUCCUGUGAGGGUGCUGGGACAAUUUACUCAGGGUCGCUGUACAGUAGCAACUGCGGGUCCCCGUACAGUCGUAACUUAAUCAAAUACCGUCUGGUCGGCAGUCACGUUCAGCCCAGUUAUAAUCAGAGUCUCUAAAGCGUUACUUUAAACUAGACUUACGAUUGCCAGAAAAGGUACUUCUGCCUACUUCAUCUAUCUCAGACGCUUGUCUUCAUAGCUGGCACGGAUCCAGAGAACAGUUUUAAUCAUCGUUUUUACUGGCAAGCAUAUCACAUACAGAGCUUUCGUUGCCAUUUUUGAGCGUUCUUACAGAAGCAGUCAUAGGUCAAAGCGUGCUUACUUCAGUGGGCUUCUUGAAGGCCAUUGUCAAUGAAGCGUCACGCAGAAAGUCGCGCCCCGAUGAGAUGUCUGUCGUAUCUAGCGUAUAGUGUAUCGCGUGAGGGUGGUUUGGAGCACCCGAUUUGUGUUCAGCCGUGGCGUACUGUGCUUUACAACAGCUCGUGUAACAGUGCACUCGUGUCAUUUUGUGCUGUGGGUUGACAUCGAGCACACUGUUAUCGUAUCCACUAUUUCUACGUCGGAGAGUUUAGUCUGUACUAAAUCCUGUCACCCAUUGUUCGCAGUGCAACGUGUAUUUCCCCGUGUAUUGUUUUGCAAUAAAUAAAAAAUGCAUUUUGUUGUGCA